AGAGCAGAGACCGCCGCGCAGUUAUAGCGCCGCUCGAUCGAGCGACGAGUCGCGCACAAAAGUAUACCAGUCGCGAGGCUCGAGACGAGUCAAACGCCCGGCGGAUUUCGACUGGUGAACAUCGGCUGCUGCUCUUGUUUAUCCCUCGCACAUAUCGUCAGUGCAAAUAGUGUGUCGUCGACGCUGACCGAGGAUUCGAUCUCUGCUUCGCUUUUGGGAAGACAGUGUCUAUAUCGCCAUGAAGAUGAUAAUGAGGUUGGGGCUUCUCCUGCUCUGCGCCAUGGUCAUCAACACGAAAGCCCUGGCGAGGUUCCCGAGAAACUGGAACAGCCACAUCGAGUGCACCAACAGCUUGCAAUGCGCACCAGGCCACUGCUGCACUAUAUCCACCGAGAGAUAUAGCUACCCUCGGUGUCAGAAGCUUCACGAAGUUGGCGACUAUUGCCGAGCCGAGGGUCCAUUAUUGACCAAUGGCAACAUGACCUAUCCGGACGGCUCGAAACCGUCGGACGUACACCUCGAGGACGUCUACCUGCUUUUCUGUCCCUGUGCACCGGGACUAGUUUGCGACAGCGACGAGAGAAUUUGUCGUCAGCCCAGCGAUAUGAAAGACUUUAAUUAUCUGAAGGAGCAGGAAACAGGGAGCAACAAGAGCGACGAUUAGGCUGUACAUUUUUUUUUUUUUUUUUUUGACGAGAUUAUUAUUGCGAGAGACUGGGGUUUUUUUACCAAGAGAGUUUUUGAGUGAACUUUUUUAUGCAAGAUGAUUAUGCAAUGAACGAGAUUAAUUUUGAUGUGUGCAGAUUUGCAAGAAUUAUUGAUUUUUAUAAUGUCCUAAUUUUAGAUAUUAGUUAUUAGUUACGUGCCUAUUUUGGAUAUUAGAUAUUAGUUAUCGGAUGUAAGAUUUUUUUUACUAUCAUUUUGCGUGCGACAGUGCAUGCAUUUCGAUGGAGUGAUUGGUCGAAGUUUGAAUAUACCUAAUAAUUGAAUAAUAGAGACGAGCCAAUCACGUGCGAAAUUAAAGACUAUCAGUAAGGUACGCGUUACUUCAAGUAUAUAUAGCAACUUAUAGGUUCUAUUGAUUAGCUGCGAUUGUAAGAUACUUUUUAAUUCCUAAUGACACAUUGCGAGUGUGUAGAUUAAAAUAAUCAUUAAAAUAAUUAGUAUUGCGCUAAAAAUGAAAUAUAAUUGUAGAAGACUCGCACUCAGAUUAACGACACUGUUAUGGUGCAUAUGGAAAGAUGCUGUAGAUGCAUUAAGAAUUAUAGUUGUUGGACUUAAUAAUUUAGAAUACGUUUUAAGAAUAACUUUUAAGAAAUUUUGCGUGACUCGAGUGGAUGUAUUACUCGAUAUAGUGUAUAAGCGAAUAGAAUGUACGCUCAUCCUAUAAUUAUUUGUUCAUGAUGUUUUGUAGACUCUGAUAAUUAGAAAUUGAUCUUUUUUUAAUAAAAAACAUAGUGUGACCAUUUUUUCAAUAAUA